ACGACGACGACGACGACAACGACGGCGAUGCACAACGGUAGAAGCGGAAUCAGCAAGGAAACGAUGAGCGUGAGCGCAAAAAAAACACACAGCGAGACCGCGCUCGCCAACAGUGUAAUAUGAUUGAAUUGGAUUAGUCAACUGCUGGUAUUAUACCAGAAAACAUCGUUUUUUGAUAGGGGUUCGAUAGGCGAUUUGUGCGGGAUUCGCCAAAAAAAAGAGUCCCUAGUUUAGCACACCUGGAGAGUACCUCUACGAAGUCGAGCGUAGUAGGCGCAGUAGUGCAUUCGGUCGCGUUAUCGCGCGUUCAAGGGGCCUAACAGCCAAUUCUUAUUAUGCACCGUUCGAUUCGACGACGGAAGUGACGAAUUCUGCCGCAAGGUGUUCUACCCGCGGUCGCCAUGUGAUGAUCGAUGAUCGAUCGAUUCGAAAACAGGAAAAAUUGCGUGUUCCGCGCGGUGCGAUGAUGCACUCCGAACCCACAGAAGUGUGACAAUAAAUGCAGCGUAACAGCAGUGCGUGUGAUUUUCAUGCUGUCGUUUCAUGAUAAAUGUUCGAUCCGCGUUCUGGGUUUUUGUAUGUUCUAUUUUGUCUGUUUCGUCGGAACGAAAAUUAAUUAAGACAGCGCCGUGUUCUGAGGCCCAUCCGCGAGAAUCAGAAGCGCCCGAAGAAAACUCAAAAAUAGAUUUCUGCGUGGGACACUUUGUUGAGUUUGAGAAGAAAGAAAAUUUGAGUGUGGAAAAAUUCGGCUUAUUUUUUAUUUUGUUGUUGGUCAGUGAGAAAUCCUCAGUGUCGUCUCGCGGCCAAUGUGAAAUUAAUUUUCGAUUCACCGCCAAGCGAAAGGUUGUGGCCGAUCGGUGCGAUUGAAAAAUCCGGCCGGUUUUCUUUUACGAUUUUCGUUCGUUUUUUCCGCAUUAAAUGGACCUACUAGCUGCGGAGCAUUGUUGGCGAAAACAGAGGUGGAAGUGCUUUAAUGACCCCCGAAACAGCCGAGAGUCAUAAAGUCUGUCGAGAAGCGAGAGAGAGAGGAGCGAGAUAAAAAAAAACAAAACCCACCACACAAAAGUGCAAUUUUAUGACAGCUGUCAGAAUGCAAUAAAAUUCCAAUUUAUCGACCACAGUAAAGAGCAACCGAACAGAGGCGGUAAGGCAGUGAGAAGUGAAUUAAGAGAGAAAAAAAAACAAAACAAAACAAAACGUCCAAUGAAAGAAACGGUACAGUUUCGAAGGCGAAGAAAGAAGAUGUUAGUGAUCGAUAUCAGUGAAUGACCCUGCCGUGGUCCGCGCUUGAUGACGAAAGUAAAUAGUGCAAGGAAAACGGUUUUCCACUAGAGAAGAAAAGAAAAAAUCAAGUUAGUUCGAAGCUAGGGCGAAGACGAACCCUGAAUUCCGCGGGACAGAAGAAGUCGAAACUCGCUCGAUCACGGCCAGUCCGGUUAACGCAGCAUCAGCAACGACGACGACCACGGCGGAGGGUUUUGGCACCACGCCGUCCACUGCUGGCGGCCGGCUGCUGGAAAGUGUCAGCGGUACGAGACCGCCAUCGCCGUCAUCAUCGGAAGUGAGCCUCCACCACCGAAUGCAGCCUACCGUUCCGCAGAGCACGGGAGGCGGUGGUGAUAUGGACCUCCCCACCGUACAGUCGAUGGAUUGGGUGUUCCAGAACAAGCAGCUCUACUUCCUAGCGCAGUAUCUAGCACAGCAAGCCGAGAAGAAGGAGAAACUAUCGACAACAGCAGCCGCCGGUAUGGACGGAUCGCUAAGCGUGGCGGCCGCCGCAGCCGCUGCCGCCGCCGCUACCACCAUAGCCGCCACCGCCACCAGCAUCACCUCCCCACUGGCGUCGUCGACCAUCAUCGAACAUAAUGGCAUCACGCCGCCGUCCCCGUCGACAACGCCGCUGUCCGAUGAUGCCGGCAGUGUGAGCGGGAAGCUGAUGGCCGAUCUUGGCAGCAGUCCCGACAAACCACCGCUUCUCGAUGGUCCCGAGGCGAGGCUCGAACUAAUCAAAGAGGUCAAAGCCUACAGCUUGAACAACAACAACAUCAUCAGCAGCAACAAUAAUAACAACAACCACAGCACAAACAAUAGCAACCAGCCGAACAAGAGUUUCAACGACAGUAGUAGCAGUAGUUGUAACCGGGUUAGUCCAACACCGGAAAAGGAUAGCGAAGGUGGUGUAAAUAGUACCGAACCUAGCAAUAAGGACGCACACAACAACAACAGCAGCAACAGCUCGAACAACAACAAUGACAACAGCACCGGCAAUAGCAAUAGCAAGGAGGGCACCGAAUGCAAGGAGACGGAAAGCGACGGUCGAACGACCAAAUCCCUGGCGGAGGAACUGUCGGCGAAAGAUCGAGAGAUAUCAGCCCUGUUCGAAGAAGUGGCCCGGCUGCGGACGGCCAUCGCCAAUAUUCAGGAAUCACACAACCUGCAGAUCCAGCGGUUAGAGGACCGUCUGGAAGAGAAACGGCAGCACAUUGUGCGGUUAGAAUCUCGUAUCGAGAAGCAGCAGGAUUUCGACGAUUUGAAGAAGGAAAACAACAUCCUUCGAUCCGUGGACUUGAGCUCACCGCACGACACGAAGCAGUUCCAGGAACUGCUGCUAGAACGCACCAAAGCCCUGGCCGCCCAAACCGAAGCGAUCAAAUCGUCCAAUUCCGAAGGAUCUCCACCAGGCGGUCAGCCGAAGCCCGCUUCGUCGCCAGCGACGAGCAGCUGUAGCGCCGCACUAGUCACUCCUCAUGCUAACGCUUGUAACGCCAGUAACGACCUGCCUAACAACAGCAGCAAAAAUAGCAACAACAACAACAGCAACAUUCAUAAUAGCACCGCUCUUAGCAACCACAGCCAAACCAGCACGAGUAGUAAUGACACUAACACCAGCACAAUGGCAGGAGCACCGAGCCGACCGGCUUCCAGCCCGAGUGUUGUGCCGUCUCCGUGCUCUGGUGGUGUUGGAUCUACCGGUGCGACCCCAACCGGAAGCAAUAGUCUAGCCCAACUCAACUCCAUCCUUCCACCUCCGUUGCACAACGUUGAACAGUUUAGCUCGUUUCUGGGUGAAGAAAUUGUUAGCACCUGGCGACGUGGUCUGGAUUUGCCCCCGCCCCCACCAGGAUUGGCUGCGGCAGCAGCAGCAGCCGCGGCCGCCGCCGCCGCCGCUCGAAACCAUCACCCACAGCUACUAAUGAACCAUCAUCCUCCCACAGAUCUAGCACAUCACGACCAGGACAAAGCUAGCUCUCACCAUGAUAACUCCUCGAGUGCUAGCACACCGAUCCUGCAGGACACUUCCCGCCACGACGAGCACCUGAACGGGGGAGGUCUGACGCCGAUGCGAAUGUCCAAAAGUCCUCUGGAGGACAACAACAACACCCUAGGAUCGCUGUCCCACUCCGGCAGUGGACUGAUACAAGGAUUACCCUUCCACUUCCCCGACCGAGGACCGUUUCGGUUCGCCGAUGAUCUCCAGCUUCCACCCGGAUCGAUGGUUGGUCGUCUCGGCGACUCGCUAAUUCCCAAGGGCGACCCGAUGGAGGCUAGACUGCAGGAAAUGCUGCGCUACAACAUGGACAAAUAUGCCAACCAGAAUCUGGACACGCUGCACAUAUCGCGACGGGUCCGGGAGCUCCUCUCGGUGCACAACAUCGGCCAACGGUUGUUCGCCAAGUACGUGCUCGGUCUCUCGCAGGGUACCGUUUCCGAGCUGCUCUCCAAGCCGAAACCCUGGGACAAGCUGACCGAGAAGGGACGUGACAGCUACCGGAAGAUGCACGCCUGGGCGUGCGACGAAAAUGCCGUCAUGCUGCUCAAGUCGCUGAUCCCGAAAAAAGGUAAAGAACCCGGAAUGCCAUCGUUCGGCCGGCCCGACGGUUCCGACAUGAAUGACGACCGAAUCCAGCACAUCCUGUCCGAGGCUCAAUCGAUGAUCAAACGUGACCCGUCCGGACUAGGAACUCCUCAGCAUCCCCCACAGCAGCAACAGCAGCAGCAGCAAAUCCACCAACAGCUCCAGCUGCAUCAACAGCUGCAGCUCACCUCGCUGGACGAUUCCCAGCAUAGUGAUAAUGACUCCAAGUCUCCGCACAACCGGGACGUGCAGUCACCGUUUGCCAAAGAUUACCUGAGCCGACGAGCCGCGAUUAAGAAGACAUUCGCCGACAGCGACGACAUCCCGCAGGACAAAAUCGCCAAGAUCUACCAGGAGGAGUUCUCGAAGCUGAUGCGAAGUCCUCGAGAUUUUCCGAAUUUUCUUUUUCCACAUUUUCUCAGUGGAGGGAUGCCGCCCUUGGAGCGUCUUCAGGAUGACAACAUCCGCAUGACCUUGGAAGCUUACCACCGGGAGUUAGCAAAGCUGCAGCAAAAUGCUGCCACCGCAGGUGGACUUCCAAACAUGCCAAAUAUCUCGAACCUUCCGAACUUCCUGGCCCUCCACCAGCAGCAGCAAGUGCAAGCCCAACAGCAUGCCGCAGCUGCUCAGCAGCAGCAGCAACAACAACAGCAGCAGCAGCAUCAUCACCUUCACCAGCCAUCCGGACUAAACGGGUCCGCUCAGGAUCUGUCGUUACCCAAAGAGAAACAGUCAACCAAACUGAACGGUUCGAUGACCGAUCUGGAGAGUGAAAUCGACGCCGCAAACAAGGAAGUCGAUGACGCGAUGAAGCACAGUGCAUUCAGCUUAGUCAAACCGAAACCGGAACCGGGAACCUGCACUCCAACUACCACCGCUUCCUCAGCUCCCAGCCCAAUCAGUAACAGCAUCCUGCCACCGGUGAUCGCACCUUCGGAGGAAUUCGGUGUUACCGCCAGUCCACUGCAGCGAAUGGCCUCCAUCACCAAUUCCCUCAUCACUCAACCUCCCGUAACACCCCAUCACAGCACGCAGCAGAGACCACUAAAAGCCAUUCUGCCUCCCAUCACUCAGCAGCAGUUCGAUCUGUAUAACAACCUCAACACCGAAGACAUCGUCCGACGGGUCAAGGAAUCCCUCUCGCAAUACUCCAUCAGCCAGCGGCUGUUUGGCGAAUCCGUACUCGGUCUAUCGCAAGGCUCCGUUAGUGAUCUCCUCGCCCGACCGAAACCCUGGCAUAUGCUCACUCAGAAGGGCCGAGAACCCUUCAUCCGGAUGAAGAUGUUCUUGGAGGAUGACAACGCCGUCCACAAGCUAGUCGCCAGCCAGUACAAGAUCGCCCCGGAAAAGCUGAUGCGAACUGGCAACUACAGCGGCACCCCUCAGAUCCCCGGAAUGAUCUCCAAACAAAUGCCCCCGAUGCCCAAGAUGCUCAGCGACUCGAUCAGCAAACUCCAGCAAGACCAAAAGACGCUCCUCCAGCUGCAAAUAUCUCAAAUGCAGCAAAUACCUCCCACGUCACAGGUCCAACAACUCCAGCAGCAUCAGCAGCAACUCCACCAGCAACAUCUGGCCGCUGCAGCAGCAGCUCAACAUCAAGCCCAACAGGAAGCCGCAGCACGGCAUCAACCGGUCUCAUCCCAACCAUCCCCGCUCGGCUCCUCCCAGCAGCAAUCGCAGUCACAAUCCGUUCACCAACAGCGUCAGCAACCGUCACCACAAACCAUGCUGCUAACACCACCCGGCAUUCCACCACAACACGCCAUUCCACUGCAAACACCGGGUCCCCUCGGCCUGGACAAAAAACCGGUCAUGCUGGGAGUCCACUCACCCCAGCAGACGCCUCAACAACAGCAAACACCCACUUCUCAUCACCAGCCAGGACCACCACCCGGAGUGAACACGAUGCGUGGCAGCAUGCAUCAGCACAUCUCACCGACCGUCUACGAAAUGGCCGCCCUCACCCAGGAUCUCGACACGCAAGUGAUCACCACCAAGAUCAAGGAAGCUCUACUUGCCAAUAAUAUCGGUCAAAAGAUCUUCGGCGAAGCUGUGCUUGGUCUAUCGCAAGGCUCCGUCUCGGAGCUUCUAUCCAAGCCAAAACCCUGGCACAUGCUCAGCAUCAAGGGUCGCGAACCUUUCAUCCGCAUGCAGCUCUGGUUGAGUGACGCCAACAACGUCGAACGGUUGCAGAUGCUGAAGAACGAACGCCGGGAAGCCAGCAAACGACGCCGAUCGACCGGUCCAGGAGCCCAGGAUAACAGCUCCGACACCAGCAGUAACGACACCUCCGAGUUCUACCACUCCAACUCCCCCGGACCGGGCAGUGUUGGAUCGGCAGCCGCUCCACCGAACAAAAAACAACGGGUGCUCUUCUCCGAGGAACAGAAGGAAGCACUCCGGCUGGCUUUCGCACUGGAUCCCUACCCGAACGUACAGACAAUCGAAUUCCUAGCAACAGAGCUAGGCCUUUCGACGCGCACCAUCACCAACUGGUUCCACAACCAUCGAAUGCGACUGAAACAACAGGUUCCGCAUGGUCAACCGAGCGAACCGAUUCCUUCGCGAGAAAAUCAAUCCGGAGCGCCUUUUGAUCCGGUGCAAUUCCGAGUUCUACUCAGCCAAAGGUUGAUGGAAAUCCAGAAAGAGCGGAUGGGACUAAGUGGAGUUCCGCUGCCUUACCCUCCGUACUUUGCUGCCAACCCCAAUCUGGCAGCACUGAUUGGUAGGGGAUUUAUCCCCGGGGACGUUGAUCUGGCAGCACUGAAUAAAGCGGUUAGCGAGCAGAUGAGCGGUCUGGAUCUGUCGAUGCCUUCGUCGGUGAAACGUGAAGGCGAGGAGGAAUUUGAAGAGGAUGGCGAGAAUGAUGGUGACAGUGAUGCCGAAUCGGUCGACGAAGGAUCCAAACGGGGAGGUGACGCGGAUGAACAUUCCGCCGCGAGUUUGUCCCUGGCCAGUCUGCAAGCGAUGUCUCGUAUCAACAGGCGAAAACCGGCCGCUCCACAGUGGGUUAAUCCGGACUGGCAGGAUGAUAAGAAGACGAACAUUCCAGGCGGAGAUGGGAAGAAAGACGGUGAUCUGUUGAAUGGAGUCUGCAUGCUGCAGCAGGAUGGAGUGCAAUCAGUCCAGCAGAGGUUUGUAGCAGCUAUGGCUGCCGCAGCAGCAGCCGUCGCAGCGGCUGCCUCCGGCAGUGAUAAUGAGCAGGAUGAUGCUAAAUCAAACCACUCGAAGCAAUCCGUCGAUGAUCGAAUGGAGGCGGACGAACGAACGGAAAAGGAUGACGCGAUCGGUGGGGCCGCCUUGUCUGAAACGGAAGGCGAACGGUCGGAAAAAGACAAGGAACUGCAGCAGGUGCAGGUCAAAACGGAAAUGAUGAUGGAGGAAAACGAACGGUGGGAGUAUUAGGCGAAACGCUCAACUCCCCCGCGGCCGGAGUGAGGUUAUGAACCGAAACGAUGGAGGAAUCGCUAACAAAAAACAAUGAUAAGGUCAGUGCAAUCGAGAAUAGCUAAACAAACAAAUAUGUAAACAAUAAGCGAUGAUGAUGAUUCGGAGAAAUGGAAAAAAGAGCAAAGUCUGAACGCUUCCGUGGGGUGUACAAACCGAACGGAAGCGGAUUGCGGACGAUUAAUUGUGAUUAAGGAAGAAUGUCUCGUACUCUUCUGGUUUUAAGUUGUUAUCGAAUUACUUCUUUUUUUACUUAGGAAGCUCGUACUAUUUUUUUUUUCAACUAAGCUAAACCAAACUGUCUGCGAUCCAACUUCCUCAGUUGUAAACAAAUGUUUUUUUUUUUGUCCCUUUUGUACAUACCAUCCCCUAUUUUCUAUUGACCUUAAACAAAGUCGAUUUGUUUCCUACCACUUUUCCUUCUUUUGAACUAUCAAUAUAAGAAGACUGUUAAAACAAGUUUUAAAUAUAACAUAAUAUUGAUAAAGAUAAAAAAAAGUAUGAAUAAUUAGUAUAUUUUAAGCCGCUAGCGUAACUUUUAAGAGGGAUAUACUUUUUAUAUAGAACAAGGGAAAACCGAAAUCUACUAUUUUUUUCUGUUUGUAGCCUCUACGAUCGUAAGAAGAUGAGUUUUCUCCAAAUUGCAUUUACUUCUACCUUCUCGAAUCUUAUCCGAUAGUAAAGAGUAAGCAGAAUAAUAACAUUAUUAUCUAACAAAAGAACAAAAAAAAUCGUACUUAUAGGUAAAUUGAAUUAACGAUGAAUGUCCCGUUUUUCAACCCCCAAAAAAAAAAAACAACAAACAAAGCCCAUCAUUUGCUGCGAAGUAAAAGAUAAUUAUAAUCAAAAUCUACUCCACUUUAUGGGCAACUUGUAAACGGAAAAUCAAAAUGUUUGAAACGAACACUCAAAACGGGCUCCGGCUUAUCUUGUGUACAUAAAGACCCACUCAAACAAAUGUUUAUAGAAGUGACCCACACACACACACAAAACCCCAAACACACACACAACAGACAGAUCCAUAACAAAUAUGAAAAUGGCCAAAUAUCUAGCGGAUAGUUAUGUAAAUCUCGGGAAUAGCGGAAAUUAUAGGUUUACGAAUCCUUUCUGCUGAAUAUGAUCAGUGUUUUAACGAUGAUUAUUAUUUAUUAUUUCUUCUCCGUUUAGUUUUGCUUUUUCCACUGGUUUCUAGCAGCAGUGAUUGUCACAAAUUACGCAAGAAAAAUACAGGAUUUUAGAGCGACUCAUAAGCCGUGCGAGCUGAUGAAGAAGAAAAGUAGGAGGAAAAAAACACAUGUUUAUCGAGUAAUGAUGAAACGAUCUCAAAACCAACCAAAUAUAUUUAAAACAACCUAAAACACAAAAUAGCAUGAGCGCGAGGAAGCAGAAGCAGACGUAUUUGUAUUAAACGGACAAGUCAGUAAUCGAAUUUCCAAACUUCCCCUCUAACUAUUUUAAUCGGGUGGCUUUCCACUGGCCAAAACAGUGGCAAUCCGAUUGCGAAAGAGUCUUUUGUAAAUAGUUUUCUUAGUUGGAACAAGAAUAAGAAAAUCACCACACAGAAUCACAGAAUAGAACGAAGGGCAGAAAAAAAAAACUGACGAACGCAUAUCCGAAUUUAAUGAAACAAAAGUGGAGAAACUCUAGUAUUUAUUCAGAAUUUUUAACGAACAAUGAAAUCCGUUUUGGAAUAAAAAAAAUCAAGCACCAACAAAACGGCAACCAUGAUCUUCGCAAAAAAAUGUUGAGAGUUUCUUUUCUUUAAAAUCGCUCAAUUUAAGCAACAACAUCAAAACAAACGAAAAUAGCUAGGAAUGUGGACACCUGUAUUCUGUAAAUUCAAUUAUAAAUACACUCACCCACACUGGAACGAAAUGAGUACUUUAAAUGGGGAAAAUAAUGUAAAACAUGAAAGAAAAUUGCAAUACGUAAAAGCGUCAAAACGGAGGAGGAAUGCUGAUCAAAAUAAAACAGAGAAAAAAAGCUAAAUAGUUCAAAUAACCUUCUUUUCUUUUAACGCUUUUUGUUUUCUCAAAGAAUCAAAAUUGCAAUUCUCGAAGUUGGGAACGAGCGAAGCUCGACUUUAGGAUAGUCGUGCAAGAUAAACAAACAACAAAUUAUGUUUUUAAGAAAGUUUGAAUUUGUUAAUUUAUUAUUCGGUUAGUUCUUUUUACGAUUACUAUUAUGACGAGUAUUCAUGGAGCGAAAAGAGGGAAACAAAACUGUUUUAUUUUAGUUCUUUUUUUCUUUGCUUCGCUGCCUCCAGCCGGGAAGCGAAGCCCCACCACCCCUCCAUAGUAGGGGGUGGAAAAUGUAUGUAGAUAAACGAAUGUUGAACCGAGGAAGUUAUUUCCGCUGGAAACAAACCACAAUCAGAACGGAAAGAUGAAAAAACAGAAAAAAAAUGAAAAAAGGAUGAUUAUGUUGAAUUAGGCAAAAUUUUAGAUCGCGCAAGCGCGCGGUCGCGUUCAUGUGUGUAAAGGAUGAAACAAUUUGUGACACAGGAAAACGAAUAAAAAGAAAACAAAAAAAUCAUUUAACAAAAAUAUGCAAACCGUGUAGCUCUAGCCAUAGAAAACCAGAAAAAAAACAGACACACUGCAGAAAGGGAAAUUAACAAUGAAAAUCUUACAAAACCGAACCGAAAGCUUUCUCAAAGUUUUGUUCAGCCCUUCUUUCGAGGAAAAAUGCGACGAGAGAAGGGCGAUUUCGCAGUGCGAGGUUACAAGCGAACCGUAAUCAAGUGGAAGGGCGGACGGAAUAAAGAAAUCUGUAAAUACCUAUUAUCAUAUCAUUAUAUUAUAUUAAUUAAUUAUAAUUAUUAUAUAUUAAAAUUAUUAUUACAAUUAUAAUGGUAAUAUUAUUACAUUGAAUAAAUAAAAUAAAAUAAAAAGGUAAUAAAACAUA